AUGAGUGCUUCUCUGGUGAACACUCCGAAGGGUCCGUUAACCUUUAAGGAUGUGGCUGUGGACUUCUCACUGGAGGAAUGGGAAUGUCUCACUUUUGCUCAGAGGGCAUUGUACAUGGAUGUGAUGUUGGAGAAUUACAACAAUCUAUUGUUUGUUGAAAAUCAUCACAUAUGUGGAAUGUAUGAGAAGGUCUUGGAUCAAGACACAUUGUACAUUGUCCAUGAGCCUGCGAAUAUCCAAAAGAAGUCUUCUAAAUGCAAUGAACUCAGCAAUAGGAUUCAUGAAUCUACCCAAAGUACACCUUAUAAAACCAACCACAGAGAUGCAUCUCUUCAAUUCUCAAACCUAAGGACACCUAAAACUGGGAACACUGAAGAAGUUUGCAAGUAUAAAGAAUGUGCAAAUGGUUUAAAUGUGUGUUCAAUCAUUAGUCUCAAUCAAGGAAUCCACAUAGGAAAGAAAGAACCCAAUAGAAAUACAGAAUUUGCUAAGGUUUUUCUCUCGAAACAUAAACCAUUGGUGAAACAAAAGAAUAGUGGAGUGAAUCCUUACAAUUGUAGUGAACUUGACAAAUGCUUUACCCAGAGAGACAAUCUUCAAAGUCAGCAGAACUUUUAUCCAGGAAAGAAACCUCACAAAUGUAGUGAAUGUGAAAAGUCUUUUAAACAAAAAUUCAAUCUUAGGAUGCAUCAGAGAUUUCAUACACAAGGAAAACUUUACAAAUGCAGUGAAUGUGACAAGUGCUUUGCCCAAAAAUCCCAUCUUAGUAUUCAUCAGCGAAUUCAUACUGGUGAUAAACCUUAUAGGUGUAGUGAAUGUGACAAAGGCUUUACUGUAAAAGGCAAUCUGAGAAUUCAUCAGAGAAUUCAUACAGGAGAGAAACCUUACAAAUGCACUGAAUGUGACAAAUGCUUUACUGUAAAAAGCAAUCUGAGAAGUCAUCAGAGGAUUCAUACAGGAGAGAAACCUUACAAAUGCACUGAAUGUGACAGAUGCUUUACUGCAUCAUCAAAUCUUAGUGUUCAUCAGCAAAUUCAUUCAAGAGAGAAACCUUACAAAUGUAGUGAAUGUGACAAAUGCUUUAUUGAAAAGGUCAGACUGAGAAUUCAUCAGCGAAUUCAUACAGGAAAGAAACCUUACAGAUGUAGUGAAUGUGACAAAUGCUUUGUUAGUCAAUCCCAUCUUAGUGUUCAUCAGAGAAUUCAUACAGGAGAGAAACCUUACAAAUGUAGUGAAUGUGACAAAUGCUUUACUCAAAAAUCGCAUCUUAGUAUUCAUCAGAGAAUUCAUACAGGUGCAAAACCUUACAAAUGUAGUGAGUGUUCCAAAUGCUUUACUGAAAAAGGAAAGCUGAGAAUUCAUCAGCGAACUCAUACAGGAGAGAAACCUUACAGAUGUAGUGAAUGUGACAAAUGCUUUGCCAGGCAAUCCCAUCUUAGAACUCAUCUGAGAAUGCAUACAGGAGAGAAACCUUUCAAAUGUAGUGAAUGUGACAAAUGCUUUACACAAAAACACAAUCUGAGAAGUCAUCAGAGAAGAAGUCAUACGGGAGAAAAACCUUACAAAUGUAGAGAAUGUGAAAAAUGCUUUGCCCAACCAUCACAUCUUAGUGCUCAUCAGAGAAUUCAUACACGAGAUAAAACUUACAAAUAA